UAAUCCUAGCGCACCCGUGUGCUACUGAACUCUCCGCACAACCGACAAAGGCAUGGGAUUAGAGGAUGAGGGAAUGAUGCUACAGGUCCCAGACAUAAAGGUUCACGUGAGCCAAGUGAAGAUUUCUGGGCUUGUCCGGACCAAGAACGACAUCGUUGUUGAGCAAAUAAAAGAUGUCCUAAAGGCGAAUAGACUUCAGGACGUCCUGUUAGAGAGUGUCGUUUCCAUGGAAAAGUUAAACAGUCUAAAUGUGUUCAAGUCGAUCAAUAUCAGAUUAGAUGCUACUAAUGGUGAGGAAGAGGAGGGGGGAGGGGACAGUGAGAAAGGGGUUAUCGUGACGUUUCAAGUGAGGGAGAAGAAAAGGGUUAAGAGCUCGCUGGGCGCUAAUGUCGGGACCCAAUCAGGAGACAUGAGCCUGUCUCUCAAUGCCGGGAACGUGUUUGGUCGGGCGGAGGAGGUGAGCCUGGUUUCCAUGACGACAUUCCCUCACUGGGGUCAGAGUUCGCAACUCCAGUUCACUAAACCGUACUACAAGAACCUGAACAACACGCUACAUCUCUCUCUAGCUACCACUCACACCAAGAGACCAUUCAGUGGGUACCAGGAGCGCUCUACCGGCCCUGGCGUGGCGGUCCGAUUCCCGUCCCGUCUCGGAACCCACACCCUGGCGUGGAACGGGGACUGGAGAAAUAUUCACGGGUUCAAUCACGACAUUCCGAUGAGUCUUCGUUCACACGCCGGCCACUCCCUCAAGUCGUCGCUGAGGCACUCGUUGGAGAUCGACGAGAGGGACAGCCCCUUUCUGCCGUCGUCCGGGUUCCACGUCAAGGUGACGCAGGAACUGGCCGGGAUCGGGGGUGACGUGUUCUUUGGAAAAUCCGAAGUCCAGGGAACUUACUACCAGCCCUUGCCAGCAGGAUGGGUAUUUGCACUAUCGUUGUGGGGCGGGAUUCUUCGUCCCUAUAGCAACAAUCACCUUCCCGACAGAUUCCUCCUCGGGGGCGGGACCACCCUCAGGGGUUUCGGAAUGUGGGGGGUGGGGCCUCGGGAACAAGGAUACAGUAAGGGUGGUGAGUCCUACUGGGCGAGCGGUGUCCACAUCUUUGCUCCACUUCCACUCAUAACCAACGCGUUUCUCCGGAGAAUCAAACUACACUCUUUCCUGACUGCUGGGAACCUCAUCGAGUCAGCUACCCUCCCAUCGGUCCGGUCUCUAUUCCAUUCCACGAGGGUGUCGUGUGGUCUGGGGCUCUGCACGAGACUCGGACUAGCUCAGAUCGAACUCAACUACGCUCUGCCUCUUCUAGCUCAGAAAAGUGACAGUUUGCAACCAGGUCUACAGUUUGGUGUUGGAAUGGACAUGUUGUGAUUACAUCAUCAUGACAUCACUCCUUGUAUUGUUAUCAGUUGACACAAUCUGUACAAUUAUGGUUAGUCCUCAAUCGAAAAUAAAAACAUUAAUAUUGUACGCAAUAAGGACGCAAUUAUACAUACAAUCACACAAUAAUUAUCACUUCUUCUAAAAUACAACAGUAAUGUGGCAAUGGAGUUAAAUUUAUUAUUGACUGUAAGCCCCCUAAAUGUCCUUGUGUCUAAAGGGUUAAUGUCACAGGUGUACGUUUGCUGCUUUGAAAGGGUUAAAGUCGUGGUUCGUUUGGGAGUGGUUGGUUGCUAUGUUGUUUGUUGAGUGGUUGCUAGGUGGGCAUCAAUUAGAAUGAGUGCCAGGCGGGGAUACCAAGCUUCGAGAACCAGCGGACGCAGAAGUCCCACAUUCCGUUCCACAGUUGCCUGGCAACCUGUGACCGACGGUAGAGGACUCGCGUUGCUAGGAGGAACACAAUGAGGUUGAACGUGAACCUCAUGUUCCGUAGCCUCUUGAUGUUCUGUCGAGCCUUGGGGAGGUCUGCGAGGUCCUCGUGCAGGAGGUACUGUUUGAGUCCGAGACAGUAGCGCUUGAUGUAGGUCUGCCAGUUCAUCUUGCGGAUGUCGAAAUCAAAAGUCUGUCGAUCCUCGGGUGACAUCAGUGCCAGGAGCUUGUCCGAGUUGUUGUGUGUCCACUGCGAUAGAGAGGAGAGGGAGGGAGAGGGGGAGAGAGAGAGAGGUGAACAUAAAGUGAAGAGGUAGA